AUCCGUGGGGAUUUCAAACUUAUAAAUAACAUCUCGUGCGUGGAAAAAUCCCAUACGACAUUGUGUCUGACUCCGGUCCUGAGCUGACAACACUCUCUCCUGUAGAACUGAAGGAACACAGGUGUGCUCCAGACCACGUCAGGUGACCACGUGACCACUGAAUUCGACCGUCUGCCCGUCUGUCACUCAAGCCCAACUUUUCAGCAGUCGGUAUGGCCGGGUUUCCUGUCAGCCUCACCGAUCUGGAUAAGUUUGCAGUUGAAGACGGGAUUGUUUACCAGCCUGUCAGCACUAUAGUGUCCGAGAUUAUCCGCGAUCUGAGUCCCAUGAUGCAACAGGACGGCUUCACCUUCCCUUACACUGAGGAAGAAGUGGUGACGUCAUCAGAACAGGACAGCUUCGUGGAGCUGCAAGUUUUGUCAGCGGACAGCAAUCCCAUGUGGGGGUGUCAGAACAAGGCGGAACCUCCCCAGUUCAGACCAGUCUACAGUCCUGACGGCUACAGUUCGGAUCAGGACGUCUGCAUUCCGACAGAGAACACUUUUGAAGCACAGUCCCGAGGUUACCGACCAGACGAGUACGACAGUGACGGCAUGACCGCCAGCGGCAGCGAGUCCCCCACGUCCUCCCGCAGCGGCUCCACAAGCUCCGACGAAGACGAGGACUACGUGCCCCUGGAGAUCUCCGACGACGAAGAGGAGGCGGAAGAUGACGACCCCUCCCUCAAAUGGUCCUGCAGGUACAACCCGAGUGGCUUCCACACCAGAGUCUCCCCCUCUGUCUCAAAGAGAAGACACGGCCAGCCGAUCCUGUGGAAGUUUCUGCACGAGAUGCUGAUGGACCCACGGUACAGCAAGCACAUCUACUGGACCAACCAGAGCAAGGGCAUGUUCAAGUUCUCCUCAGAACACAAGGAGGAGAUUGCCCGGCUGUGGGGUGAGAAGAAAGGGAACCGCUGUGUGAUGACGUACCAGAAGAUGGCGCGGUCGCUGCGGAACUACUCCAACCAGAAACGCUACCUGGUCAAGGUCAAGAGGAAACUGCAGUACCAGUUCCUCACCGACCAGCACAUGGCGAGGGCUUAGAGGGGAAUCGAUCAGAUAUAAAUAUUAUUUUGUAUACAAAUGUACGUAAACUUUAGAUACAGAACUCGUGUACGUAGUAUGCUUCUUUCAGGCUGGAGGAAUUUUCUUUCUUUUUAUAUUUGUGUGGUUAAUUACUGUCUUCAUGCUAAUUACUAUAAUCAAUUAUCAUCAAUUGAUUAUACUUUGAUUGCUAAGCAUACUUCUUGUUCAGGUGCCAGUGAAGUUGUAUUGUCUGCGCCAUGACGUCUGAAGGAUUCUUGUACCAAUGACUAGAUGAGACUCGAUCGUGAGGCCGAGCCACCUCCAUAAAUGGAGAUGAAACUCUCGUGUGAGGAAGACCCGACUAGUACCGCCAUUGGCGCAUUUUAUGUAUGUGAAAGUCACAGUGUAAAGAAAGAAAAACGCUAUCUGCGUAAACAGUUAUUUGUUACUGUUUUGUAUGUACUUAGAAGUUUUGGGAAACCAGUAGACAGUGAGCAGGCUCUGUGUGUACUGUUUAGAUAUAACACGGUGAGAAUAACCUUGCUGGCAUGGUUCAUUUCUGAAUUUUCAACCACCAAAAUUAACUUUACUUUUUAGUCAAAAUCACGCUGUAUAUAUGGUCCGGAUGUGCAUUUUGCAUUCUCUUCUUGUAUCUUCUUUUUUAAGUAAGAUAGAUAUUAUGGUGCAGUGACAUUAAUUCAAUAAAUAACGGUCAUGCCUGAAUCAACUUA